CUCUCGUAUAAAAGUGACGCGGCAAAAUCAAACUCGGCAUUUUGGUUCAGUUUGUUGUGGUUUAGUGCUGCUUUCAAUCGACGUUAAGUAACGAAUCGGAAAUCCUUGUCACUCCUAAAAUUGCAUUUUGAUUCAAGCAGUUUUUUAAAAUACAGGAAGAAUUCUGCAAACCAUGGCAAGAGCCAGUUCCACAGUUGCACCUUUGCCAGAUCGAGUGUAUUUGUUCAAUUACUUUGAAAAACCACCAAUAGAUGAUUCAUUGUUUAAAGACGUUUGGAGCAAAGGAGCUGUCUAUCUUAAAAAAUCAGAUGAAUUCGUGUCCACACAUCUGCAUAGUAAUAAGGACCCUAAUGCAAAGUUCCCAUGGAUAAACUUUGCAAUCGCUCGUUCUCCCAAAGUAACAUUCUUAAAUCCCGACGAUUGGUGGAAAAAUUACAUGGUAGAAGUUCAACAACAUAAGCUUGUUGCAUGCCCAGCUGGUUACAGAGAAAUCGGUAGUUACAAGGGAAAUGCAUUGGUGGCUGAUGAUAAAAUGCCGCCUUCUGAUUCAUCAAGGUUCUUUAUAACAGCAGUUAAAGUUGGUCGGGGAAUAAGCGAAAAUGAUUUGGAAUCGAACUGGAAGGAAUGGACAGGUGCUGACUUUUUGCAUGGAAAGAUUGAAACUUCAAACAUUGGUGACAGCCACUUUUAUAAGAGAUUCAUGAUGGCGCCCAAGUUUCAGUAUACAGUCCGCACAGAAGUUAACAAUAUGGAUGAUGCCACUGGUCAUGAGAUUGCCAAAGCAGCCAAUGAAAGAGCAGGAAAAGAGGGCGUGGAGACAAUCACGGGAUUUUGCAACGUUGAAAUUUCAGUGAAAAAAGCAUGAGUAAGACAUAAAGUCAGUUUCGAAAGCUAAAGUUGCACUCUUCUAUAUUCUAGAAAAAAAAACUUAUAUUCAUACUUGCCACAGAAUUAACACUACCUCAUAUGUGGCACAAUACUAACACUACCUAUAUCGACUAAUUGGUCUAAACAUUACUUGUAUCUACUAACUGAUGUAGCUGAAGUCGUAAAAUAAUGUGAAGUUUAAUUGCAUCUCGUUACUGCGAUAAUAUAGUACACUCACAAAAUAUAUUUUACUGCAUUGUC